AUGUUCGUACCAAGGAAAAAAAAGACUAAACCCAGUUUAGAUAGCGAUUCGAGCACAACAUUUUCUACUACAUCAUCCACCUUCAUAAACAACGAUACGCUUUCGAAAGUACUCGAUCCCAGUGACCACGUUUUAAUGGACAAUUACAACAUAUUACAUUAUAUUUUUAAAUAUACUUGGAAAGCAAACUUCUCAGCUCCAGUGCACGAAGCACUACUAUCAGGUAUAAACGUUUUGGAUAUUGGCUGUGGCCCAGGUACCUGGAUACUUGAUAUGGCUACUACCUAUUCCAAAUCUACAUUCUAUGGACUCGACAUCUCACCAACCUUUCCCUCACAAAUUAAGCCAGUGAAUGCCGAAUUUAUACUUGCUGACGCACUCGAGGGUCUCCCGUUCGAGGACAAUUUUUUUGGCCUUAUUUAUUUAAGAUUUUUGAACAAAUCGUUCACAAAGGAUGAUUGGCGAACCAAAUUACUAGAUGAACUAAUGAGAGUCACUAAUCCUGGUGGGUGGAUUGAAAUGAUGGAAAGUGGACUAGUUCUGCUCAAUCCAGCACCUAAUCUGGAAAAAGUAUGGAAUGCAGGCCGCGUGUUGCUUGAGGAGAAUGGAGUUUGGGUUGAUAUGGCCUAUGAAUUGGAAAAUCUAUUGAAAUCGCAUCCACAAAGUUUGAAUGUCACGUUUCAGGAAGUGUGGCAUGCAGUGGGUACAUGGGGAGGCAAAGAUGGAGAAAUUUGGGCUGAUCAUAUGAUUCAGUCUGCUACCCUCACCAGUCAGUCGUUGUUACAGUAUUGGGGAAUGUCACCCGAAGAAUUCCAAAAAUUUGUAAGAGAACUUUCAGAGCAGCUGCACAGUUUCGAUUACAAUACCAGUUUCAGUACAAUAAGGGUGUUUUGCCAAAAGGCUCGAACGUAA